AUGUGGCAAUACUUGGGCUGCUCAUCUACAACAACGGACAAAGAGCCUCCACGAGGCCUUCCCUGCAUCAUAAUAUCGCUCCGAAAACGCCGAGCGAUUUUCUCCAAGCGCUGGAUCUUCCUCAUCCACUCCAGAAGAUUCACCCAGCAAGGCGACUUUCUGUCCUACGCGGUUGCAAAAUUAUCCUUCUUCUUUGUUCAGGAUUGUGAUGGGAGUAUCAAUGGUUAUCAUAACAUCUGCCGGUACCAUGCAUUCCCAAUCGUGCAGGCUCGUUCUGUUUCCACUUCGAUUCUUAGCUGUAAAUAUCAUGGAUGGUCGUACGGACUCAGAGGGAAUCUCUCUAAAGCUCCGAGAUUCGAGACCGUUUCAGAGUUCGAGGAAAGCCAGCAUGGGUUAUUUCCCAUCUAUGUCCAUACCGACAAGAUUGGCUCAUCUGGGCAAGUCUUCAAACAGGCAAGCCAGACAGAAUCGAUGAGCAAACACGGAUGCAAGAUUUUGACUUUGCUGAGGACUACACAUUUAAUCACUACAAUAGUGGAAAACGGACUUGGAUGCGAACUGGAAGGAGGUGAUCGAGAACUACAAUUGAGUGCUAUCAUUGCGCCACUUCUCAUCCACUCAUCAGUCAAGUGUUGGAACUUCCUCGAUAUUGUGUCGAACCCACUGCGGGAUAUAUGGAACAUCACAUUUUAA